AUGAGUAAAGCUAUUGGUAUUGAUUUAGGUACUACCUACUCUUGUGUCGCACAUUUCUCCAACGAUCGUGUUGAAAUUAUUGCAAAUGACCAAGGUAACAGAACUACUCCAUCUUUCGUUGCCUUCACUGAUUCAGAACGUUUGAUUGGUGAUGCUGCUAAAAAUCAAGCCGCUAUGAACCCAGUCAACACUGUUUUUGACGCAAAACGUUUAAUUGGUAGAAAAUUCUCCGAUCCAGAAGUUCAAGGUGAUAUCAAGCAUUUCCCUUUCAAAGUUAUUGACAAAGCCAGUAAACCGCAAAUUCAGGUUGAAUUCAAAGGUGAAACCAAAGUUUUCACUCCAGAAGAAAUUUCUUCCAUGAUUUUGACCAAAAUGAAGGAAACCGCUGAAAGUUUCCUUGGUGUAAAAGUCAACGAUGCUGUCAUCACUGUUCCAGCUUAUUUCAACGAUUCUCAAAGACAAGCUACCAAAGAUGCUGGUUUGAUUUGUGGUUUGAACGUUAUGCGUAUUAUCAAUGAACCAACUGCUGCUGCCAUUGCUUAUGGUUUAGACAAAAAAGUUGAAGAAGAAAGAAACGUUUUGAUUUUCGAUUUGGGUGGUGGUACCUUUGAUGUUUCCUUAUUAUCCAUUGAAGAUGGUAUCUUUGAGGUCAAAGCUACUGCCGGUGAUACCCAUUUAGGUGGUGAAGAUUUUGAUAACAGAUUAGUUAACCACUUUAUUGCUGAAUUCAAAAGAAAAAACAGAAAAGAUCUAUCUUCCAACCAAAGAGCUUUGAGAAGAUUGAGAACUGCUUGUGAAAGAGCCAAGAGAACUUUAUCCUCAUCUGCUCAAACUUCUAUUGAAAUUGAUUCCUUAUUUGAAGGUAUUGAUUUCUACACUUCAAUCACUAGAGCCAGAUUUGAAGAAUUAUGUGGUGACUUAUUCAGAUCUACUUUAGAUCCAGUUGAAAAAGUUCUUAAAGAUUCCAAAUUAGACAAAUCUCAAGUGCACGAAAUUGUUUUAGUCGGUGGUUCUACAAGAAUCCCAAAAGUUCAGAAAUUAGUAUCUGAUUUCUUCAACGGUAAAGAGCCAAACAGAUCCAUCAACCCAGAUGAAGCUGUCGCUUAUGGUGCCGCUGUUCAAGCUGCUAUCUUGUCUGGUGACACUUCUUCCAAAACCCAAGAUUUAUUAUUAUUAGAUGUUGCUCCAUUAUCCUUAGGUAUUGAGACCGCCGGUGGUGUUAUGACCAAAUUGAUUCCAAGAAACUCAACCAUCCCAACCAAGAAAUCUGAAACUUUCUCUACUUAUGCUGACAACCAACCAGGUGUCUUGAUUCAAGUCUUUGAAGGUGAAAGAGCUAAGACCAAAGAUAACAAUAUAUUAGGUAAAUUCGAAUUAUCGGGUAUUCCACCAGCACCAAGAGGUGUUCCACAAAUUGAAGUCACCUUUGAUAUUGAUGCUAAUGGUAUCUUAAACGUCUCUGCUGUCGAAAAGGGUACCGGUAAAUCCAACAAAAUCACCAUUACCAACGACAAAGGUAGAUUAUCAAAAGAAGAUAUUGAAAGAAUGGUUUCCGAAGCUGAAAAAUUCAAAGAAGAUGAUGAAAAAGAAACAGCCAGAAUUGCUGCUAGAAACGGUUUAGAAUCAUAUGCUUAUUCAUUAAAGAACACUUUAUCUGAAGAAAAAUUCAAAGAAGCCAUUGAUGCCGCCGACAAAGAUACUCUCUUAAAGGCCAUUGACGGAACCACUUCAUGGUUAGACCACAACACUACUGCCACCACUGAGGAAUUCGGUGACAAACAAAAAGAAUUGGAAGGUGUUGCCAACCCCAUCAUGAUGAAGUUCUACAGCGCUGGAGGCUUCCCUGGUGCUGGAGCUGCUGGAGGCUUCCCAGGUGCUGGUGCUCCAGGCGCCGGUGCUUCUCGUGCAGACGGGCCAACUGUUGAAGAAGUUGAUUAG